UACACGCUCGAACGUCGCUGAAGAUGCGUGCUAAAUGUGAUUGUUAAGAAUGUUGUACGUUUUAUGAUUCUUGAUUGUAUACGACUUUAACCUUUCUAAUUGCUUAUGAAAGCAAUAUUUUCUGCUUGUUCAAAACAAUUGUUUACAAUCUGUUUCGUAAUUAUGCAAAUUGGUAAUAGCUACGAUUGAAAUAAUAGUCAAUUUAUACAGUAAGGAACGUUCCCGAACAUUGAAUAUUAACAAGAUUUUUUUUUUUAUAAAAAUCAUUCUUUUUCAAAAGAUAUUCCAAGUAUAAAAAUGUCAAAAGAGCAUCAGUUACCUUCUGAUUCUGAUGAAGAUGAUGAGGAUUAUGUUCCUGAUGGAGCUGACAACGAACCUGUAUCAGAAGUAGAUUCUGAAGGUGAAGUAGAAAGUGGUCCGGAAGAUGAAAAUGAUGAGAAUAAACGAGAAACCGAUAAGAUAACAACCAAGAAGAGAGGUAGACGUUCUGUCAAAGAUAAAAGUACAAAACGUAAGAAAAAAACAAAAAGAAAAUUAAAAGGUGCAGAUGAUUCGAAAGAAGAAGAGGAACAAGAGGAAUCAGAAACAUCGGAAAAGAAAGAACUUACAGAAGAAGAAGAAAAGAAAAGAGCAGAUUCUUUAUGGGCAGAUUUUAUGAAGGAUACCGCGGUAACUCCAAAACCAAAAAUACAAACCCCAACGAAUGGUCCAAAAGAAAAAUCUUCUACUUUAAUAAAACCAAAAGUAGAAGAAAAAGUGAAGAUAACAAAAAUAUUUGAAUUUGCUGGUGAGGAAGUAAAGGUUGAAAAAGAAGUAUCAGUGGACUCUGCAGAAGCUAGAUUAUCCUUAACUUCUGCUGAAAAUUCUGUGAAGACAGAUGCCUCGACUUCUCCUGCCGGAAGAGGAAGAGGAGGAGGAAGAGGUAUUAAAAGGGGAGGGUUGGGAGGCAUUUCCUCUGUUUUAGGACAGAUUGGAAAGAAAGCAAAGAUUAGCACAUUGGAAAAGUCUAAGCUUGAUUGGGACAAUUACAAAAAGCAGGAAAAUUUAGAAGAAGAAAUUAUAACUCAUAAUAGAGGAAAGGAUGGUUAUUUAGAGAGACAAGAUUUUCUUCAAAGAGCAGAUUUACGGCAAUUCGAAAUUGAAAAACAAUUGCGUAACUCUAGUAGACGCAGUACACGAUAAGUCAAUGGUAUGAUGAGAUAAAGAAGAAGAAAAAGAAAAAAAAUAUAUAUAUAAGAAAAGAAAAAAAAGAAAAAAAAUUCCAAUUUUCUCAGCUUGCCAUUGUCGGGUACCAAUAAUACGCAUUUAGCUUAAACAAUUACUGGGACUAUCGUCGUAUUUCGUUUAAUGCAUAAGAAAAAUUUGCCUCGCUUGGCUUGCCAAUCAGCUAAAUCAGUUUUAUGGUAGCGAUUGACAACCAGAUUUUUUAAAAGAGACUGAUCAUUCCACUGUAUCGAGACUAAUUCUCUAUAUGUAUCGUGUAAUAGUUUAAUUUACUUUUUGCGAGCAUUUGUCUCGUCCAGUCGUAUCGUUACAAAACUUCGCAUCGAAGCAGGAUAUUUGAAGCUUGAUGCUUCUCUUACCGAUUAUAUUCAAGUGAUACAAGCUUCAAUUUCUUUUAUUCAAUACAAUACAAUAGUUUAACUAGAUAAUGUAAAUAAGAGUUGGCACUAUAGAAAAUAUCACAAAAUUACCGAAUAUUAGAAAGAAUGAUGCGUGCAUAUGGUAGAGUAUGAAUCGUAAUACUUAUAUAUACGAUAUUGAUUUAUUGAACUAUCACGAUCACUGCCUUUGGCGAGUCAUACGAAGAGUACGUUAUUUUAUUUAUAGAUAAUCAUUAUGUAUAUAUAUAUAUAUACAUAUAUAUAUAUAGAAUCACAAGAUAUGUUACGAAAUGCAGCAUAAUUACACUUACCGUAGUUAUUUUUAUGUUUUUAAAGAUCUGGAAAAACAUACACAGACUUUAAUUGAUUUUUAUUAAUGGGACAUAGGCAGUGGACGAUCUAAUAACUAAAUAAGUAGUGUAUAUAUAUGACAUGUUUACCAACAUGAAUUCCGAUUAAAACUUAAUUUCAAUUUUUCAUGUAACUCAGGUCACAGUUUCUUAAAUGUAUUAACUUUGCGAUAUAUUAUCGCAUCAUUAUACGUCAAAAUACUUUACGUUUGUGGACUUAUUAACCUUAUGCAAUAAAGAUAAAGAAGCAACA